GUGUUCUGGUUGAACUGUUGGGGAGAGAAUCACCCGUGAUUUGCUCUGCAGCAGCAUUUCAUCUCAGAUCACUUUGACACUUUGGCGUUCCCCAAGAGCAGUCUGCCACAAUGAGGUUUCUAAUCUCAUUGUGUGCAUCACAACUCCUGUUGAUUAACGUUGCUUUCAGCAGCAAUGAUCCUUGUUACAACUAUGAAUCUCUGGAUCAUACCUGGAGAGCCACAGAUGAAGCUGGAUUUUACGUUUGUGAUGAAUAUUUUGACUGGAACGGCUGGUACCGACUUUUCUACAAUGGAAUGGACAUCCGAAUGCCAGAACGCUGUGUGAACGCAGGCAACUGUAACACAGAUCACAGUCUGUGGCUCAAUGGAUCUCACCCUCAGAUAGAGGAUGGAGAGGUCAUCAUGGAGGUCUGUGCUAGCACAUUGUAUGACUGCUGCUAUUUCGAAUCUACACCAAUCAGAGUCAAAGCUUGCCCAGGCGAUUACUAUGUCUAUGAACUUGUGAAUCCACAGUAUGGGUGCUCAGGAUACUGCACAGAUAUCAGCACAAUAUCCCAGACAAGUUCCACUUCAACUCCAUCUACGUUUAGUGGAUCCAGCCUUUCCAUGUCUGCCAUCGACACAGAUUAUGACCCAUGCCACAACUACAACAUUCUUGAUGAAUACUGGAGAAGCACACUCAAUUACUGGUAUCAAUAUGGAUACAUGUCUGGAAAUGAUGACACACUAGUUGAAUGGCAUGGCUGGUAUCGACUCUUCAUUAAUGGAUCGAGUGCUCAGAUGCCUGAGUGGUGUUUCAGUUAUAUGUCAUGUGGAGGUUAUAGUUCUCUGUGGCUUGGUGACCCUCAUCCUGAGAUAGAAGAGGGAGUCGUUACUCGUGAAGUCUAUGGCUCUGUUAAUGACCAGUGCAGUUACUACAUAUCUGACCCCAUCCAAGUCAAAGCUUGUCCUGGAAAUUACUAUGUCUACAAGCUUGAAAGUCCAAAGCCAUCGAUCCCAGUGCCUGUAUAUUGUGCAGUUCCAUUCAGCACUCCAAAUACUGAUCCCUGCUAUGACUACACCAGUCUGGACGACCCUUGGCGAGCCACUGACAAUUAUUACAACAAUUACGUGUGUGAUUAUAAUGUCAACUGGAACGGCUGGUACAGGCUCUUCUACUAUGGUCAGAGUGUCCAGAUGCCAGAUUCAUGUGUUGGUUCUGGCAUGUGUGGCACAGACAAACCACUUUGGCUCAACGGCCCUCACCCACAGCUGGAAGAUGGAGUGGUCACUCGGCAAGUGUGCGGUUCCACAUGGAAUGACUGCUGUGAUUACAAAUCUCAUCCCAUACGAGUCAAAGCUUGUACAGGAAACUAUUAUGUGUAUGAGUUUGUCAGGCCACUAUUGUGUUCAUCUUACUGUGCAGAUGUCUCAAGCCUCAGCAGCCCAACAUCUACAACAUCACCUACAGCAACAGUGGCAGUCAUACCCCCAGAAUCCAUUACUCCGCCUGUCACAGACACAGCCCUCCACUUUGACCCCUGCUAUAGCUACACUGUGCUGGACGAUCCUUGGAGAGCCACAGACAAUCGAUAUACCUUCAAUUUAAUGUGUGACGCUUAUGUCAGCUGGGUGGGCUGGUAUCGUCUCUUCAUUCAUGGCCAGAGCGUUCAGAUGCCAGACACAUGUGUUGAUCGGCUAAGCUGUGGCACUCAUGCUCCACUUUGGCUAAACGGUCCACAUCCACGAAUUGAGGAUGGAGUGGUGACUCGAGAUGUCUGCGGUCACUGGUGGAAUAACUGCUGUGGUUUCCAGUCAAAUCCAAUUAGAGUGAAAGCCUGCCCAGACAAUUACUACGUCUAUGAGUUUGUUAGCCCAAGUUUCUGCUAUGGGACCUACUGUGCAGAUGUUAGCAACAAUAGCAUCAGCAUUCCUACUUUCACUCCAGAGACAACUUUGGCUGAGGCUUUCCGCAUUGACCCCUGCUACAACUACACAGCCCUGGAUGAUCCUUGGAGAGCCACAGACAAUCACAAUUCAUACAAUUGUGAUGCUAGUGUUAAUUGGGAUGGCUGGUAUCGUCUCUUCAUUGCAGGCCAAGAUGCUCAGAUGCCAGAAACAUGUGUUAAUCAGUUUAGCUGUGGCACUGUUGCCCCACUGUGGCUAAAUGGUCAGCAUCCACGAGUCGAGGAUGGAGUGGUCACCCGUCAUGUCUGUGGCCACUGGAACGAUGACUGCUGCAAUUAUGUGUUUAAUCCUAUGAAAGUGAAAGCCUGCCCAGGAAAUUAUUAUGUGUAUGAGUUCAUGAACCCAGUGUUCUGCAAUGUGGCAUACUGCUCAGAAGUGACGAAUAUCAGAUAUACAGAUGUAACGCCACACACCACCCCAACUGGUAAUUUAAUUUCCUACACAUCCAACCCCAUCCAAGUCAAAGCUUGUCCUGGAAAUGUCUAUGUCUACAGACUUUUAAGGCCAAAACCAUCAAUCCCACUGCCUGUAUAUUGUGCAGUUUUAUUUAACACUCCAAAUACUGAUCCCUGCUAUGACUACACCAGUCUGGACGACCCCUGGAGAGCCACUGACAAUUAUUACAACAAUUACAUGUGUGAUUAUAAUGUCAACUGGAACGGCUGGUACAGGCUCUUCUACUAUGGUCAGAGUGUCCAGAUGCCUGAGUCAAGUGUUGGUUCUGACAUGUGUGGUACUCCUCACCCACUGUGGCUCAACGGCCCUCACCCAGAGCUAGAAGAUGGAAUGGUCACACGACAAGUCUGUGGUUCCACUUGGAAUGACGUCUGUGGUUAUAAAUCUCAUCCAAUACAAGUCAAAGCGUGUCCAGGAAACUAUUAUGUGUAUGAGUUUGUCAGGCCAACAUUCUGUGCAUCUUACUGUGCAGAUGUUACCAACCUUGCAUCUACAACAACAUCUGAAACAACAGUGACAAUUCCACCCACAGAAUUCAGUACUUUGUCUGUUACAACCCCAGCAGAAACUAUUCCUUUUGACCCCUGCUAUAACUACACUGUGCUUGAUGAUUCUUGGCGAUCCACUAGCAAUCAGCAUUCCUCCUUCAUAAUGUGUGAUGCUCAUGUCAACUGGAAUGGCUGGUAUCGUCUCUUCAUUGGUGGCCAGAGUGGUCAGAUGCCAGACACGUGUGUUGAUCAGUAUAGAUGUAGCACUCACGCCCCACUGUGGCUAAAUGGUCAACAUCCACAAGUCGAGGAUGGAGUGGUCACCCGAAAUAUCUGUGGUCACUGGGGCAAUGACUGCUGCUAUUUCCAAUCCAAUCCCAUUAAAGUGAAAGCCUGCCCAGGAAAUUACUACGUCUAUGAGUUUGUUCAACCAAAUUUCUGCUCUGGGACCUACUGUGCAGCCCCAACUCCCAGCUCUGACCCAUGCUCUGGUUACAAUGUUCUUGAUGAUGGCUGGAGAGACUUGCGCACAAACUUCUACCAAUCUUAUUACAAUGAUGACAGAUUUGUUGAAUGGAAUGGCUGGUAUCGGCUGUAUUUGAAUGGAGAGAGUGCUCAGCUCUCUGAGUGGUGUACGAGUUUCACAGGAUGUGGUGGUGAAGUUGGACUUUAUCUCAAUGGCUCUCAUCCAAAACCUGAGGAUGGGGUGGUGACCCGUGAAGUCUUGGGGUCGUCGUCUUGGGCGUGGUGGUGGUGGUGGUGGAGCGCCCACCAUUGUGGCUAUUAUAAAUCCACCUCCAUUGAAAUCAAAGCCUGUCCAGGAGAUUACUACGUCUAUAAACUCGUCAAACCUAACAUGUCAAUCCCUAUGCCUACGUACUGCGCAGUUGCUUUCAAUAACAUCAGUAAUGAUCCUUGUUACAACUAUGAAAAUCUGGAUCGUCCCUGGCGAGCCACAAAUGAAACUGGACUUUACAUUUGUGAUGAAAAUUUCUCCUGGAACGGCUGGUACCGACUUUUUUACAAUGGAAUGGACAUUCGAAUGCAAGAGAGCUGUGUUGCUGAUGGCAGCUGUAACACAUAUAGCAGUCUGUGGCUCAAUGGUCCUCACCCUCAGAUUGAGGAUGGAGUGGUGACAAUGGAGGUCUGUGGAGGCAGAUAUUACAGCUGCUGUAAUUUUAAAUCAACACCCAUCAGAGUCAAAGCCUGCCCAGGCGAUUACUAUGUCUAUGAACUUGUAAAGCCACAUUCAUUUUAUUGUUCAGGAUACUGCACAGAUGCCAGCACUAUAUCAACAACUUUUUCCUCUACAAGUCCAGCUACAUUUAUGGGGUCCAGCAUGACUGCUAUCAACACAGAUUUUGAUCCGUGCUAUGACUACAACAUUCUUGACAACUCGUGGAGAAGCACACUCAAUCUCUGGUAUCAAUAUGCACAUGAUGACACUCUAGUUGAAUGGCAUGGCUGGUAUCGACUCUUCAUUGAUGGAUCGAGUGCUCAGAUGCCUGAGUGGUGUUUCAGUUACAUGUUAUGUGGAGGUUAUAGUUCUCUGUGGCUUGGUGGCCCUCAUCCUGAGAUAGAAGAUGGAGUUAUUACUCGUGAAGUCUACGGCUCUGUUAAUGACCAGUGCAGUUACUACAGAUCAGACCCCAUUCAAGUCAAAGCUUGUCCUGGAAAUUAUUAUGUCUACAAAAUUAAAAGGCCAAAUGUAUUGAUCCCAGCCCCUACAUAUUGUGCAGUUGCUUUCACCACUCCAAGUGCUGACCCUUGCUACAAUUAUAACAGUCUAGAUGAACCCCAGAGAGCCACCAUCAGCCCACACUACGAUAAAUAUUAUCACUAUGGAAUAUGUGAUUAUAAUUACAACUGGAAUGGCUGGUACAGGUUGUUCUACAAUGGUCAGAGUGUCCAGAUGCCAGAUUCAUGUGUUGGUUCUGGCAUGUGUGGCACUCCUUCCCCACUGUGGCUCAACGGCCCUCACCCACAGCUAGAAGAUGGAGUGGUCACUCGGCAAGUGUGCGGUUCCACAUGGAAUGACUGCUGUGGUCACAAAUCUCAUCCCAUACAAGUCAAAGCUUGUCCAGGAAACUAUUAUGUGUAUGAGUUUGUCAGGCCAACAUUCUGCUCUGCAUAUUGUGCAGAAGUUAAUGUCCCACAUACAACAACAAGAUCAAAUAUUUCCUCAGGACCAUUUUAUCCAUUUGGAGCUGGCGACACAGAGAAUGAUCGUUCUGAUGAUGGGAUUUCACCAGUGAUUUCCCUUCUGCAACCCUUUAGAUUUUUUGGAGAGACAUAUAACCAAUUGUAUAUCAACAACAAUGGAUACUUGACUUUUGAUUGGCCAUGGUACAGUUACUUUCCAUACCAGUUCCCAGGUUAUGGUGGAGAAGACCUCAUCGCUCCAUUCUGGACAGAUAUUGAUAACCGGGGCAAUGGAUUUAUUUCAUAUCGUCAGUACUCCUCUGGCAGUGUUCUUACAGAGGCCACACAAGACAUUAACCAAUACUUCACUGAUUUGAGUUUUUCUGCUACUUGGGUCUUUGUUGCAACAUGGGACAGAGUUGCAUACUAUCCAUAUUCAGGAACCGAAACAUCUUUCCAGGUGGUGUUGAUUUCAGAUGGGCAUUUCUCAUUUGUUUUGUUUAAUUAUGGAACAAUUGCUCCAACUCAACGAUAUGUACAGGCUGGUUAUGACACCAUCAGCUCUACAUACCACUUUUCAAUUACUGGAUCACUACAGUAUAACAUCACAAGCUUAACAUACAGCAGCAAUGUCAAUGUGCCAGGCAGAUGGGUCUUCAGAACAGAUCAUGGAUCACAGGGUUGUCAGUUUUAUGGUGUUCCAGUGCAGCUUGAAGACUCUUUCUGGAGUGAUGCCACCUGCCAGCAGAGAUGCACCUGCACCAGCAGUGGCCUCCAGUGUAGCCACGAGCCCUGCAGUUACUCCCAAGCCUGCCGUCCAGCAGCCUUCCAAUACUCUUGCCAGAACAUUCAACGGCAAACCUGUACCAUCUCUGGUGAUCCUCACUACUACACCUUUGACUAUCAGGUUUUUCACUUUCAAGGGACCUGCACUUAUGUUCUAUCUGAGGCUUGUGGCAAUGGUUUGCCAUAUUAUCGCAUUGAGGGCAAAAAUGAGCAUCGGGGCAGCACGCAUGUGUCAUGGACACGGAUGGUCAGAGUUUUUGUCUAUGAUGAAGUAAUUGAACUGGUCAAGGAUCACUAUUAUGAAGCGAGGGUUAAUGGAAGCUUUGCAGCAACGCCAUUCACCCUCCGCAAUGGCUCCAUCCAGGUCUAUCGGUCAGGUUUUUCCUUGGCCAUCAGCACAGACUUUGGUCUUCUUGUUACAUAUGAUGCAUACAGCUACGUCAGCAUCUCUGUACCAUAUGACUAUUUUAAUUCAACCUGUGGUCUGUGUGGAAACUUUAACCUGCACCCUGAAGAUGACUUUUGUUCACCCAGUGGUGAGAUCUUGAGCUCAGAUGUGGACUUUGCUAACAGCUGGAAGGUACAAAGUGACACAGAUCCUGAAUGCCAUAAUGUCAGGUGCACAGGUCUGGCUUGUGCUGUUUGUACCACAGAUGAAAUGACUUUGUACAGUGACAGCAACCACUGUGGAAUCCUAGAAGAUGUUGUCGGCCCUUUUGCUGAUUGCCACCCUAUGCAUGCGCCACAGACGUACAUAGAGAACUGUGUGUAUGAUCUUUGCUUGGGAGGAGGGUACCAGCCCAUUCUAUGCCAGGCUCUCAAUGUGUAUGCUACUCAGUGCCAACAGCAGGGUGUACAACUUGGUCAGUGGAGACAGCAGGGCUUCUGUGAAAUUCAAUGCCCUGUACACAGUCAUUUUGAGCCUCAAGGAACAGGUUGUCCUGCAACUUGCAGUAAUCCAUCUGCCCCAAUGAACUGUCCCUUGCCCAGUCAGGAAAGCUGUAUCUGUGAUCCUGGUUACAUCCUGAGUGCUGGAGAGUGUGUGCCUGAAGCAAACUGUGGCUGCAUCUUUGAGGGCUUCUAUUACGCUGAAGGACAGUCAGUGGUGUUGGAUGGGGACUGUGGGAGACAGUGUGUGUGCAGCAGCAUGUCGAUGACCUGCCAUCAGCACCAGUGUGGUCCAGCAGAGGUGUGUGGAGUCCAUGAGGGUGUGAGAGGCUGCAGACCCACCGGUUAUGCUACCUGCUCGGUUGAAGACCUCGGGUCAUAUCACACCUUCGAUGGACAAAGUUUCAGAUACUCCGGAGCAUGCGGACUGACCCUUACUAGGGUGAUGGGGCCAUCCUUACUACCACACUUUGUGUUGACGGUGGAAAAAGUACCCAGAGGCCUUCAAGACUUUUCCAGGGUUCUGAAGUUUGAAGCAGAAGGAAUUCAGGUCACCAUCGAAAUGGGAGAGGGCAGCAAUGUAAAGGUGGAUGGACAGAUGGUCGGUCUGCCUAUCAGUGUUGGCUCUGGUCAAAUCCGCAUUUAUCACAGCAGUGUGAGAGGUUUUGUUUUGGAAACAAACUUUGGGGUGACUGUAAGAGCUGACUGGCCACACAUUGUCCGAAUUACGGCACCAAGCACAUAUAGUGGCACACUUGGAGGUCUGUGUGGGAACUUGAAUGGGGACAUUGCCGAUGAGUUUUAUACUCCAGAUGCUGUCCUGUUAAAUGACACUCAGCUGUUUGCGGACAGCUGGCGUGAUGGUUCCCUAUCAGCUCACUGUGAGGACCCAAAUGACAGCUGGGAAACAGGACAUUAUCAGAACAGCAGCCAGUUCAUUGAACAUUGUAGUAUCAUGGCCAAGCAUGAUGGACCAUUUGUUGAGUGCAGCAGAGCAAUAGAUCCUCAGCAACGGAUUGCAGAUUGCGUUCAGCUGCUGGAACAGACACAAGGUGCCAGAGAGGCUCUAUGUGAGGCUCUGCGAGGUUACACUCUACUUUGCCAACAGAAUGGCAUUGCAGUAGAAGAGUGGAGGAUUGCCACCCACUGUGAUCCCAGCUGUCCAGCAAAUUCCCAUUAUGUUGUAUGUGGCACAUCCUGUCCUGCAUCCUGCCCCAGCCUCUCCUUUCCAUUUCAGUGCGCAUUGCAGUGCCAGGAGGGAUGCCAGUGUAAUGACGGAAAUGUGUUGAAUGGAGAUCGUUGUGUGCCUCCCGUGGGUUGUGGUUGCUACCACUCUGGGCGUUAUCGGCAGGCUGGAGAGACGUUCUGGCAUGGUGAAGAGUGCCAGUUCUUGUGUGUUUGUGAUGGAAUCACUGGAAAUGUUCAUUGCACACCAUCUUCUUGCAGUGAGGUGGAGGUCUGCCAUGUGUUGGAUGGCGAGUACGGCUGCCAUCCUCGGCCGCACGCUCGUUGCUCUGCUUCAGGAGACCCCCACUACAUGUCUUUUGAUAAAUCCUACUUUGACUUCCAGGGCACAUGCCGCUAUGUGCUAGCCACAGUAUGUAAUGACACUACUGGGCUUCCGCACUUCCAGGUGGAUGCAAGGAACGAGGCAUGGCAUGGACUCCCAGUGUCAAUUACUGUUGAAAUUUUUGUCAAUGUCUCUGGGCAUCUUGUGCACAUGUCACUGGACAUGAACCGUCAGUUUACUGUUGAGGUUGAUGGAGAGACCAGAAAUCUCCCCAUCCUGCUUGACUCUGGACGGGUGUCUGUGUACUCCAGCGCACAGUACAUAUUUGUAUCAACUGACUUUGGUUUGAGCGUUGGUUAUAGUGGCUCCUGGGCGGUGGACAUCAUCGUACCAGCGGACUACGGUGGUGUUACGUGUGGCAUCUGUGGAAACUUCAACGGCCAGAGUAAUGAUGACUUCAUGACUCCUUCAGGUGCUCUGGUGCGCUCAGCAGACCAGUUUGGAGCAAGUUGGAAGGUUGAGGACGAGCUGCCAUGCAAUGAUGGGUGUGGAAACCAUUGCCCUUUGUGCCAGGAUCAGACAACCUCCCGUUCCCUGUGUGACAUCAUCAGGUCCAGAGAGGGCCCCUUUAGUUUCUGCCAUGUUUAUGUCGAUCCUCAAGCCUACUUUGAUGACUGUGUGUUCGAUGUUUGCCUUUCUGGAAACCAUAAUGAUGUCCUGUGUCGCUCGAUCCAAACCUAUGCGAGUGCCUGUCAAUCUAACAAUGCCGUUAUCUACCCCUGGAGAGAAAGCGCAUCCUGUGUCAUAACCUGCCCAGAGAACAGCCACUAUGAGUUGUGUGGCACAGACUGUGGUCAUACUUGUGCCAGCAACAUUGAUGCUAGUUGUGAACACACAUGCUCAGAGGGAUGUUUCUGUGAUGAUGGGUUGGUGAGGAGUGGAGGACUCUGUGUCCCAGUGGAGCAAUGUGGCUGCUUGCUUAACGGAUUCUACUUUAAUGUUGGCAAUCAAUUCUGGAAUGAAGAAUGUUCCCAACUCUGUGAAUGUUUUGCUCCAAAUGAUUUGCGCUGCUCUGAUUCAUCAUGCCCAUCGACGAUGGAGUGUACAGUCAGAAAUGGACUACGUGGCUGCUAUGAUGAGAGCCCCACAUACAUCAGCACCACCAGAUCAAGCCUUCCCUCAGAGGAGAGCACCAUUAACAUGACCACCACCGGACCAAUCCCCCCAGCUGUGUUUUAUCCAUUUGGAGCUGGAGACAUAGUGAAUGAUCGUUCUGAUGAUGGGAGUUCAUCUGUGAUCUAUUUUCUGCACCAUUUCAUAUUUUUUGGACAGACAUAUAGUCAAAUAUAUGUCAACAACAAUGGACACUUGACUUUUAAUGGACCAUUUCACAGCUACACUCCAUACCAGUUCCCAGGUUAUGGUGAAAUAGACCUCAUCGCUCCAUUCUGGAUAGAUAUUGAUAACCGGGGCAAUGGUGUUAUUUCAUAUCGUCAGUACACGUCUGGCAGUGUUCUUACAGAGGCCACACAAGACAUUAACCAAUACUUUCCUGAACUGAGCUUCUCUGCUACUUGGGUCUUUGUAGCAACAUGGGACAGAGUUGCAUAUUUCCCUCUCUCAGGAACAGAAACAUCUUUCCAAGUGGUUUUGAUUUCAGAUGGCCAUUACACAUUUGUUUUGAUGAAUUAUGGAACAAUUGCUCCAAAAGUUUAUGUACAGGCUGGUUAUGACACCAUCAACUCCAGAUACCAUUUCUCAAUUCCUGGAUCAUUCUCAAAUAACAUCACAAACUUGACAUACAGCAGCAAUGUCAAUGUGCCAGGCAGAUGGGCUUUCAGAACAGAUCAUGGAUCACGGGGUUGUCAGUUUAAUGGUAUCCCAGUGCAGCUUGAAGACUCUUUCUGGAGUGAUGCCACCUGCCAGCAGAGAUGCACCUGCACCAGCAGUGGCCUCCAGUGUAGCCACGAGCCCUGCAGUUACUCCCAAGCCUGCCGUCCAGCAGCCUUCCAAUACUCUUGCCAGAACAUUCAACGGCAAACCUGUACCAUCUCUGGUGAUCCUCACUACUACACCUUUGACUAUCAGGUUUUUCACUUUCAAGGAACCUGCACUUAUGUUCUCUCUGAGGCCUGUGGCAGCAGUUUGCCAUACUAUCGCAUUGAGGGCAAAAAUGAGCAUCGGGGCAGCACGCAUGUGUCAUGGACGCGGAUGGUCAGAGUGUUUGUCUAUGAUGAAGUAAUUGAACUGGUCAAGGAUCACUAUUAUGACGCAAGGGUUAAUGGAAGUUUUGCAGCAACGCCAUUCACCCUCCGCAAUGGCUCCAUCCAGGUCUAUCGGUCAGGUUUUUCCUUGGCCAUCAGCACAGACUUUGGUCUGGUUGUUACAUAUGAUGCAUACAGCUACGUCAGCAUCUCUGUACCAUAUGACUAUUUUAAUUCCACCUGUGGUCUAUGUGGAAACUUUAACCUGCAUCCCGAAGAUGACUUCCGUUCACCCAGUGGUGAGAUCUUGAGCUCAGAUGUGGACUUUGCUAACAGCUGGAAGGUACAAAGUGACACGGAUCCUGAAUGCCAUAAUGUCCGGUGCACAGGUCUGGCUUGUGCUGUUUGUACCACAGAUGAAAUGACUUUGUACAGUGACAGCAACCAUUGUGGAAUCCUAGAAGAUGUUUUUGGCCAUUUUGGCGCGUGCCACUCUGUGCAUGCGCCACAGACGUACAUAGAGAACUGUGUGUAUGACCUUUGCUUGGGAGGAGGGUACCUGCCCAUUCUGUGCCAGGCUCUCAAUGUGUAUGCUACUCAGUGCCAACAGCAGGGUGUACAACUUGGUCAAUGGAGACAGCAGGGCUUCUGUGAAAUUCAGUGCCCUGUACACAGUCAUUUUGAGCCUCAAGGAACAGGUUGUCUUGCGACUUGCAGUAAUCCAUCUGCCCCAAUGAACUGUCCCUUGCCCAGUCAGGAAAGCUGUAUCUGUGAUCCUGGGUACAUCCUGAGCGCUGGAGAGUGUGUGCCUGAAGCAAACUGUGGCUGCAUCUUUGAAAGCUUCUAUUACGCUGAAGGACAGUCAGUGGUGUUGGAUGGGGACUGUGGGAGACAGUGUGUGUGCAGCAGCAUGUCGAUGACCUGCCAUCAGCACCAGUGUGGUCCAGCAGAGGUGUGUGGAGUCCAUGAUGGUGUGAGAGGCUGCAGACCCACCGGUUAUGCUACCUGCUCGGUUGAAGACCUCGGGUCAUAUCACACCUUCGAUGGACAAAGUUUCAGAUACCCCGGAGCAUGCGGACUGACCCUUUCUAGGGUGAUGGGGCCAUCCUCACUACCACACUUUGUGUUGACGGUGGAGAAAGUACCCAGAGGCCUUCAAGACUUUUCCAGGGUUUUGAAGUUUGAGGCAGAAGGAAUUCAGGUCUCCAUCGAAAUGGGAGAGGGCAGCAAUGUAAAGGUGGAUGGACAGAUGGUCGGUCUGCCUGUCAGUGUUGGCUCUGGGCAAAUCCGCAUUUAUCACAGUAGUGUGAGGGGUUUUGUUUUGGAAACAAACUUUGGGGUGACUGUAAGAGCUGACUGGCCGCACAUUGUCCGAAUUACGGCACCAAGCACAUAUAGUGGCACACUUGGAGGUCUGUGUGGGAACUUGAAUGGGGACAUUGCCGAUGAGUUUUACACUCCAGAUACUGUUCUGUUGAAUGACACGCAGCUGUUUGCGGACAGCUGGCGUGAUGGUUCCCUAUCAGCCCACUGUGAGGACCCAAAUGACAGCUGGGAAACAGGACAUUAUCAGAACAGCAGCCAGUUCAUUGAACAUUGUAGUAUCAUGGCCAAGCAUGAUGGACCAUUUGUUGAGUGCAGCAGAGCAAUAGAUCCUCAGCAACGGAUUGCAGAUUGCGUUCAGCUGCUGGAACAGACACAAGGUGCCAGAGAGGCUCUAUGUGAGGCUCUGCGAGGUUACACUCUACUUUGCCAACAGAAUGGCAUUGCAGUAGAAGAGUGGAGGAUUGCCACCCACUGUGAUCCCAGCUGUCCAGCAAAUUCCCAUUAUGUUGUAUGCGGCACAUCCUGUCCUGCAUCCUGCCCCAGCCUCUCCUUUCCAUUUCAGUGCGCAUUGCAGUGCCAGGAGGGAUGCCAGUGUAAUGACGGAAAUGUGUUGAAUGGAGAUCGUUGUGUGCCUCCCGUGGGUUGUGGUUGCUACCACUCUGGGCGUUAUCGGCAGGCUGGAGAGACGUUCUGGCAUGGUGAAGAGUGCCAGUUCUUGUGUGUUUGUGAUGGAAUCACUGGAAAUGUUCAUUGCACAGCAUCUUCUUGCAGUGAGGUGGAAGUCUGCCAUGUGUUGGAUGGCGAGUACGGCUGCCAUCCUCGGCCGCACGCUCGUUGCUCUGCUUCAGGAGACCCCCACUACAUGUCUUUUGAUAAAUCCUACUUUGACUUCCAGGGCACAUGCCGCUAUGUGCUAGCCACAGUAUGUAAUGACACUACUGGGCUUCCGCACUUCCAGGUGGAUGCAAGGAACGAGGCAUGGCAUGGACUCCCAGUGUCAAUUACUGUUGAAAUUUUUGUCAAUGUCUCUGGGCAUCUUGUGCACAUGUCACUGGACAUGAACCGUCAGUUUACUGUUGAGGUUGACGGAGAGACCAGAAACCUCCCCAUCUUGCUUGAUUCUGGACGGGUGUCUGUGUACUCCAGCGCACAGUACAUAUUUGUAUCAACUGACUUUGGUUUGAGCGUUGGUUAUAGUGGCUCCUGGGCGGUAGACAUCAUCGUACCAGCGGACUACGGUGGUGUUACGUGUGGCAUCUGUGGAAACUUCAACGGCCAGAGUAAUGAUGACUUCAUGACUCCUUCAGGUGCUCUGGUGCGCUCAGCAGACCAGUUUGGAGCAAGUUGGAAGGUUGAGGACGAGCUGCCAUGCAAUGAUGGGUGUGGAAACCAUUGCCCUUUGUGCCAGGAUCAGACAACCUCCCGUUCCCUGUGUGACAUCAUCAGGUCCAGUGAGGGCCCCUUUAGUUUCUGCCAUGUUUAUGUCGAUCCUCAAGCCUACUUUGAUGACUGUGUGUUUGAUGUUUGCCUUUCUGGAAACCGUAAUGAUGUCCUGUGUCGCUCGAUCCAAACCUAUGCGAGUGCCUGUCAAUCUAACAAUGCCGUUAUCUACCCCUGGAGAGAAAGCGCAUUCUGUGUCAUAACCUGCCCAGAGAGCAGCCACCAUGAGUUGUGUGGCACAGACUGUGGUCAUACUUGCGCCAGCAACAUUGAUGCUAGUUGUGAACACACAUGCUUUGAGGGAUGUUUCUGUGAUGAUGGGUUGGUGAGGAGUGGAGGACUCUGUGUCCCAGUGGAGCAAUGUGGCUGCUUGCAUACUGGAUUCUACUUUAAUGUUGGUGAGCAAUUCUGGGAUGAAGAAUGUUCCCAACUCUGUGAAUGUUUUGCGCCAAAUGAUUUGCGCUGCUCUGAUUCAACAUGCCCAUCGACGAUGGAGUGUACGGUCAGAAAUGGACUUCGUGGCUGCUAUGAAGACAGCACCACACACUUUACCACCGCCAAAUCAAGCAUUCACUCAGACGAGAGCACUACACACAUUAUCACCACCACAUCAAGCCUUCCCUCAGAAGAGAGCACCACCUACAUGACCACCACCAAAUCAACCAUUCCCUCAAGUGAAGGAGACCCCUGUCAAGAGCUCAGCUGCACUGAGAAUGAAUGGUGUGAAGAGAAACAUGGUGUUUACGGCUGUUCCUGCAAGGAAAACCAUCACAGAUCUCCGCAUGACUCCUUUGAUUUCAUUGAAACCUGUGAAAGCAGCUCUGGCUCAAUGUCUCUGUCUCGCUGUCAGCUUUUUGAGGCUGGUUUUCCUUCUGACAUCUUACACCUCAAUGACCCCAACUGCAGAGGAACAGUCCAGAAUGGCAGAGUGGAGUUCUAUUUUGACAACAAUGACCACAUCUGUGGCACAAAUCUUGUGGCCAAUGGCACCCACUUCAUCUAUAAGAACUUUAUUGUGGGGGAGCCAAAAUUAGUUGGACAUCUCAUCAGCAGGGAAAGAAUUCUGAAGCUUCCUUUCAUCUGUGUUUACUCACAAACCCAAACACUUUCCAUGGACAUCAACCCUCUGGAGAGCACUGUGCACAUGAACCUUCCUGCUGGUCAAGGGACAUAUCAGGUCAGGAUGAUUCCGUAUCAGGAUGCUGAAUUCUCCCUCCCCUUCGCUGGUAGUGUGAAUGCAGAGCUGAGCAAGCGGAUUUUUGUGGAAGUUGGUGUUGAUGGAGUUGACAGCCGUCAGUUUGCUUCAGUGAUUGACACAUGUUGGGCUACACCUGUGAACGAUCCUCAUUACCCUCUCCGCUGGGACCUCAUCGUUGACAGGGGGACAUAUCAGGUCAGGAUGAUUCCAUAUCAGGAUGCCGAAUUCUCCCACCCCUUCGCUGGUAGUGUGAAUGCAGAGCUGAGCAAGCGGAUUUUUGUGGAAGUUGGUGUUGAUGGAGUUGACAGCCGUCAGUUUGCUUCAGUGAUUGACACAUGUUGGGCUACACCUGUGAACGAUCCUCAUUACCCUCUCCGCUGGGACCUCAUCGUUGACUAA